AUGAUUGUAGUGCAGUCAGAAAACGCUUUACAUUCAAAAUCUCAACAUCCUUCACGAGCUCCCUCACCUGUAACUUCAGCUCUUCCAUCCUCCACAGCAGCAGAAUCACAUCCACAAAACCACAGCUCGCCCAAACUGCCUCUUCCAAUCAGCAAUCAUCGUAGAUCAAGUUUCUCCACAGACGUAUUGAAUGAUCAAUACGAGGAGAAACCGCUGGUAUCACAGAGAUCAUUUCCUCAUCUAACGUCCAAAAAGCAUAGGCAACAACGCCGUGGAUCAGACACAAUAUCGACUACAGACGAUAUGGGCUCAGAUGGCAGCUUUUCUAUAUCCGCAUCAGCCGAAUCCUCAACCGUUGCAUUGCCGAAUACAACUCGCUUUGCAAAUGAUAAGCGAAAUAACGAUUUCCAUGCUUUGUUUCGAAGCGUACCGGAUCAAGAAAGGUUAAUUGAUGAUUAUGGUUGCGCAUUGCAAAAAGAAAUCUUGCUUCAAGGCAGAGUCUAUAUUUCCGAGCAUCAUCUCUGCUUUAAUGCAAAUAUCUUCGGCUGGAUCACAAAUUUGGUGAUUGCAUUUGCUGAUAUCGAAGACAUUGAAAAGAGAUCAACAGCCAUCUUCAUUCCAAAUGCUAUACUGAUCUCCACUUGCUCCUCAAAACAUUUCUUAGCAUCUUUUCUCUCACGUGAUCAGGCCUAUGAUCAAAUGGUGGAAAUUUGGACGGCUUCUCGUGCUAGUAAUAGCACAAUUCAAGUACAUGCAAGUGGUUUCAAAGGUGAUGAUGCUACUGAAUUUUCUGCAAGUGAUGAGAGUGAUUAUACGUCCUCAGACUACUCUUAUUCAGAUGAAGACGAAGAAGACGAUGAACUUCGUGGUGAUCCUGUCACAGUAUCUAGCCAAAUCAACGACAAAAACAACAAUUCCACACUGAGUGACAGACAGGCAUCACUGGCCUCGCUCCCAUUACCUAAGCAUUUGUCAUCAGCUGAUGAGGCUGCUAGACGCAGAGCUGUUUCAGAGGCUGGCCCACGUCCGAAUAUGCAGGAAUAUAUAAAGAAGAGUGCAGAAUCCACAGCAACAUUAGCACAAGCAGCUUCGACAGCAAGUAAUGCCAAUGGAAACUCGGCCACGGUGACUGACGCGUCUACCAUUACAGCAAGCACAGAAAACGCCAGUGAGAAGAAAGACGUCCAGAUCAAAGAAUAUACAGAGUGUGAAUGUAGCCAGACAGACCAACACUUUCCAACAGUUGUCAUGGACAAGAAAUACGAUACCACCAUUGAGGCCAUGUAUAAUUUACUGUAUAAUAGUACCUUUAUGAACAAAUUCCUGUGUGAGGUAGAGAAAAGUACAGAGGUCUGCAUUGGUGAGUGGACCAAGAACGAUGGUUGUGUGCACUCACGUGAAUCAUCAUACAUCAAAUAUUUGGGUGGGUCCAUUGGUCCAAAGUUAACAAAGUGUUACUUGAAAGAAGAAGUACUUCAUCUGGAUACAGCGGAUUAUGUUAGUCAACUUACUGUAACACAAACACCUGAUGUUCCCUCUGGUGGAUCCUUUAGUGUCAAGACCAGAACAUGUAUAUCGUGGUGCGGUCAAGGUCAAGUCCGCGUGCUGGUCACCGUGCUUGUCGAUUUCACAAAAUCGUCUUGGCUCAAGUCUACCAUUGAAAAGGCUUCCAUCGAUGGCCAGCAAAACUUCUACAAGAGUCUGGAUGCAGCAGUGCGCAAAUAUUUAGAAAGCCAUGCAGGAGAUGCCAAACGCUUAGCAAAUGGUGGAAAGAAGAAGGGAGGCAAGAGAAGACACAAACAUCGCACUCGGGCCGAUGGAGAUCAAGAUGCAGCGUCUCAAUCAGCAGCAACAGCAGCAUCACAAGCCGCAACUGAAAAGCAGCAUAUUGUCAUUGAAACUUUCUCCAGUAUACUCAAUUGGUUGAUUUCCAAUGCAAGCGCUCCAACAACAUCUCAACUUACUGCUAUUUGUAUGGCAAUGAUGGUCAUGACAAACUUGUAUAUUGCUUCUAAAAUGGCAGGUGUCGACAAACAGCUGAAUCAGUUACAACAUCACAAGCGUCAUGGAUCCGAAUUUUAUCAACAUCAUGUUGAUAUUAGCGAUGAGGAUAACUCCCUCUGGAGAUUGCUAAAUAGAUUGGAUCCUGAUGCCAGAAAAGAAGAUCUUCAUUUUGUACAUCAAACGAGACAGCUACCUUUGGCAGAUCCAGUGAACCAUAGCCAUGCCGAUGGAGAAGAAGCUAUUUCAGACGAGCAAUUGCAAUUUUCAAGAUUAGCCAAGCAAAAGCUGGACAAACAAAUGGUUGAGUUGGAGAAGAUGAUCCAAAAGGCUGGGCAAAGCAUGGAGCAGGUAACACAUGCUGUCCAACAUCAGAGAAAGAGGAUCUUUGAUCCAGAGUUCAUUUAA